UCGGUUUCGCGUCCGAACAGGACUCUGACCAAAUAAAUAUUCCGAACACACCUUAAACAGACGUGCCAUGUACAAGACAUUGCCCAUGGAGUCAGCCAAGUAAACCCGCCCUGUCUUUUGCUCUUGCUCAUUUGACCAGUACGGAGAUCGAUCAAUUCUCCACGCUUGCGCGCUUCGUCCCCAUCUCUGCGAUUCCAGUCAUUCGAGCAAUGGGGAUUGCCAGCGGCUGAGGAUAUACCAUCGCGCCCGGUGACCUCCUCGACAGCAGCCAAGUCCAAGAUGCAGCAACGCAGGACCACUCUUACGGCCCAGGGUUUUCUCGUAGCCGCCAAUCUGCUAAUACCAGCGGCCAUUCUGAUUUUUGCUGCUGGUUUCUUUCCCUACAAGCCGUUCCUGUCAGGGCUUGCUCAAUAUGACGACCUCGGUUACGGCCCGCCUCCACCCCCACCCUUUAAUCGUUUGGUCUUCAUGGUGGUUGAUGCUUUGAGAAGCGAUUUUGUGUUUGCCGAAGGCUCUGGCUUUGAGUUCACCCAAGGCUUGAUUCGAGAUGGCUAUGCCCUUCCUUACACGGCCCACGCCGCCUCCCCGACCGUCACCAUGCCCCGUCUCAAGGCCAUAACCACCGGCUCGAUUCCUUCUUUUCUCGAUGUCAUCCUGAACCUCGACGAGGCCGACAGUUCCUCAACACUUGCCUCCCAGGACACAUGGCUUGCUCAAAUGAGAGCGAAAAAGGCUGGCAAAUUAGUCAUGUACGGAGACGAUACCUGGUUGAAGCUGUUUCCCCAUACAUUCGACAGAGCCGAUGGCACCUCGAGCUUCUUUGUUUCGGAUUUUACCGAGGUGGACAGCAACGUGACCAGGCAUAUCGAUGCAGAAUUGCGCCAGAAUGACUGGAAUACUAUGGUUCUUCACUACUUAGGUCUUGACCACAUUGGCCAUAAAUCUGGACCUCGAAGUGUCAACAUGGUACCGAAACAACGAGAGAUGGAUGGAAUCGUCCGGCGUAUCUAUAAAGCAAUGGAAACCUAUCCACAUCUGGAGUCAACCAUUCUGGUACUUUGCGGGGAUCACGGCAUGAACGAUGCAGGUAACCAUGGUGCUUCCUCGGCUGGUGAGACUUCGCCUGCCUUGGUCUUCAUGUCGCCUAAACUGAAGUCCGUUUCGAAGCCAUUAGCCGUCCCAGCUCCUUACAGGGAAGAUUUUCAAUACUAUUCCGCCGUUGAGCAAUCUGAUUUGGCACCUACUCUUGGCGCGCUGCUUGGCUUCCCAGUACCCAAAAACAAUUUAGGGGCUAUAAUCUCCGACUUCUUACCUAUGUGGCCACAACGACGUGAGCAGGUGCACAUCCUCAUGCACAACGCCAAGCAAAUUUUCAGGAUUGUGGUAGCGGCUUUUGGUGACUCAAUGCUUAUUGACAGCUUUGAUGGAAAUGACUGCUCACACAUGCCCACUGACGCGGAAGAACUAGCUUGCGAAUGGCAUUUUUUGAGUCGAGGACCACCACUGGAUAGCUCACAGGCCUUGGACGAUGUAGAAUGGGACCAGCGGGUCUUGCAGUGGUUGCGAAACUCGCAACGAACCAUGAGCAGUAUGGCGAGCAAUUACGACAUCACAAGGCUGAGCCAAGGCGCUGCUGUUGCCCUGCUGGCACUUAUGUUUGCUUUAGUGGCAUCCAUUCUUUCCGUGAGGAGCACAGCUGGCUCUAUCUUGUGUUUUGCGACGGUUACAAUCCUCUAUGGCACGAUGAUGUUUGCCAGUAGUUACGUCGAAGAAGAGCAACACUUCUGGUACUGGUCAGCUACAGCCUGGCUGGUGUACCUGUCCUAUAAACGCUCAAACAUGUCUAUGCUAGGUUCGGCGUCUGUCCAAGGGAUUGUUCUCGUCUCCAUGCGUCUCAUUAGGGGCUGGAAUCAGACGGGCCAGAAGUUUGCUGGCAGCCCGGAUCUCGUGAAGCUCUUCCUGCUGCCUCACCCGCGACUCCUUUGGUGCCUGAUUCUUGGUGCGUAUGCAAUGGUUACCACUGAGCUCAUGGUCAGUACAAGCAGGCUUCCCAAUGCUAUCAACCAACCUGUGAUUCUUGGCUUGGCGCUAUCUGCGAUAUCUUUUAAGCUUGCCUUCACAAACGAGGAUGCUCCAGAACUGGUUGUGGGAUGUGUGCGCAGCCUUCUGCACCUCAUUGGUGAUCUUUCACUUGUAGCAAGGGCUCAAGCAGUUUUCUUAGGACUAUCGCUUGCGUUGAUAUAUCCUCUAUACCUCCUAACUGCUACGAAGGGAUCGGCACGCUACAGAGGCUUGAAGGUUUUGCAUGGUUUGUAUACGCUCCUUGCCUUGACCCAGACUCGGGCGACGAAUAUUCCGCUGUUCCUUCUGUUCCGAAUAUUGCAAGCGUACUUGGAAGCGCUGAGUCUCAGUAUCGUUGAGAUCACAACGUCGUCCAUUAUCUUGCAGUUCGCAUCAUUCUUUGCUAUGGGUGGCUCAAACGCAAUCUCAUCAGUAGAUCUCUCAAGUGCAUACAAUGGAAUUAGUGACUUCAACGUUGUCGCUGUCGGAGUGUUGACAUUCAUCAGCAAUUGGGCGGCUCCUAUUUGGUGGGCGUCGGCAACUACUCUGCUCUUGUUGCGGAACAAGCACAACAAUGCCGGCAAUGUGUUCCAGUCCCACAUCGCUCUACUCACGCUUUUCGUGGCGGCGAGUUUGACUUUUGUGAUGGCUGCUUGUACGGCACUGAGAACACAUCUCUUCAUUUGGACUGUGUUUUCGCCCAAGUACCUCUACAGCAUGGGUUGGAGUAUUGGGCAACAUAUUGCAGUUAAUGUUGGGCUAGGAGGUUUGCUCUACUGGUUAGGAAGCCGGGCCAGGUAGGCUCUGUCAAUGGUUACAAAGAACUUUACACUAUAAGUGAAGCGUACUAGGAACCUUCAUUUCUGUCUUUGGUGAAUUGACGGUUGCCAAUGGAAACCUCGGAUAUACGGUGUGAGGCAUACAUACUGGAGGCCUACGGUACCAUGCGCAUCGGGCAUGGAAGUGAACCUUACACAAGUGCGAGUGCGCAUGUCUCGGCCACAGAAUGUACGUUGGCUACCCGAGGCGUAGAACCCCCCCUCCAAACGGAUAUGUUGAGAUGUGGAACAAGAGCCAUUCAGCGCAUUUAGAUGGUCCGCAGAAUUUGUGGACUUGGUAAUACUUAAAUGUAGGCAGUUGAAGUUUGGUUGGGUUGUAGGUACGCCGCACAAGUAUGGAGAAAGAAGGAGAAAAGAUAACAAGAAGAGAAACAAAUACUGCAAUGUCACCAUGGUGGACCAGGCGCCAUCACUAGUAAAA